UGGCCCUGCUGUAAUGCUUAUGCGAGGGCGGCCCUCCCGCCGAGGCUUUUUUUUUUUUUUUCUCCCCCAGCACCGCUGUAGGAUAGAGCGGCAGUUGCAGCGGCGCCGGUAGAGGCGAUAAGUAAAACCUCUGGAUCAUAAUGGUAUCUAUCCCAGAAUACUAUGAAGGCAAGAAUGUCCUCCUCACUGGUGCUACUGGAUUCAUGGGAAAAGUUCUUCUAGAAAAGCUACUACGAUCCUGUCCAAAGAUAAAGGCAAUAUAUGUUUUGGUGAGAUAUAAAGCAGGAAAGACAUCUCAAGAAAGAGUAAAAGAAAUGAUCAACUGCAAGCUUUUUGAUAGAUUGCGAGAUGAGCAACCAGAAUUUAAACAGAAAAUUGUUCCAGUUGCUAGUGAUCUUACAGAAGUGGAAAUGGCCCUUAGUGAGGAAGACAAGAAGAAUAUUCUAAAUUACAUUAAUAUUAUAUUUCAUUGUGCUGCUACUGUAAGAUUCAAUGAAAUCCUACGGGAUGCUGUUCAGCUCAAUGUAAUUGCAACACAACAGCUUCUCCUCUUGGCUCAGAAAAUGAAGAAUCUAGAUGUGUUUGUCCAUGUUUCAACAGCAUUUGCAUACUGCAAUCGAAAACACAUUGAGGAAGUUGUUUAUCCACCUCCUGUUGAUCCUAAGAAAUUAAUAGAUUCCUUAGAGUGGAUGGAUGACGGUCUAGUAAAUGAUAUUACGCCAAAACUAAUUGGAGAUAGACCCAAUACCUACACAUACACAAAAGCCUUAGCAGAAUACAUUGUACAGCAGGAGGGUACAAAAUUAAAUAUUGCCAUUGUGAGGCCGUCAAUUGUGGGUGCCAGCUGGAAGGAGCCUUUCCCUGGAUGGAUUGAUAACUUUAAUGGACCUAGUGGCCUUUUUAUUGCUGCAGGAAAAGGAAUUCUUAGAACAAUGCGAGCCUCAAAUAAUGCAGUUGCCGAUCUUAUUCCUGUAGAUGUAGUCAUCAAUGCAACAAUAGCUGCUGCUUGGUAUUCAGGAGUUAAUAGGUAUAACAGGCCAAGAAAUAUUAUGGUAUACAACUGUACAACCGGUGGCACUAAUCCCUUUCAUUGGGGUGAAGUUGAAUACCAUGUAAUAUCCACUUUCAAGAGGAAUCCUCUCGAACAGGCCUUCAGACGGCCCAAUGUAAAUCUAACAUCCAAUCACCUUUUGUAUCACUACUGGAUUGCUGUAAGCCAUAAGGCCCCAGCAUUCCUGUAUGAUAUCUACCUCAGGAUUACAGGAAGAAACCCAAGGAUGAUGAAAACAAUAACACGUCUUCACAAAGCUAUGGUGCUAUUAGAGUACUUUACAAGUAAUUCUUGGGACUGGAACACAGACAAUGUCAAUAUGCUUAUGAGCCAGCUGAGUCCUGAAGACAAAAAGGUAUUUAAUUUUGAUGUUCGGCAGUUACAUUGGGCAGAAUAUAUGGAAAAUUACUGCAUGGGAACAAAGAAGUAUGUACUGAACGAAGAAAUGUCUGGUCUCCCAGCAGCUCGGAAACACUUAAAUAAGCUAAGGAACAUACGGUAUGGCUUCAAUACAGUACUUGUAAUCCUCAUCUGGCGAAUUUUCAUUGCAAGAUCACAAAUGGCAAGAAACAUCUGGUAUUUUGUUGUUAGCCUAUGUUACAAGUUCCUCUCUUACUUCAGAGCAUCCAGCACUAUGAGAUACUAGAAAUGACAAUUCCAGCAUUAGGACAUCUAUGCAUUUGGUGGUCUAAUGGCACAAAGCCGUAUAAUAUACCUACUCAUCUUGUCUUUUGUAAAAACAUGAAAUAUUAGAUCUGGAUUGUGAAAUACAGUUCAUGUGAUGCUUAAUUGUGUAUUUCUGUGAAGAUUAUAUGGCUAAUCUGGAUCAAUCUCUCAUUAGGCAAAUAUGUAGGUAAAAUAUCCAAGCAGAUUUAAUACAUCUGUAUGAGGAAAAUGUUAGGCCAUUGACCAGUGUAACUGCAAUUCUGGAAUGCAUUCAAUUAAAAUCUGCCUUAACAUAGUAAAUUUAAUUUUUAUUGCAAAUAAGCGCAUUUAGAUAAGGUAAACAAAUUAUUCUCUUAGGUGGCAAUUUAUUUGAGAAUCACAGCGGAUUUUUCUGGUUAAUCUUAUGAGAAAUAUUCCUUGUAAAUUAUUUAAACGGGGCAUUCUGUUAAUCUUUCCUUCUUAGCUCUUUUCCAGAGGCCCCUAACUAUACAAAAAUUAGUAAAAGAAAUCUAAAAAAAAAUGGGGGGAAGGAGUGCUGUUACAAGUACACCUACACAUCUCGAUUAAUGCACAGGAAACAGUUAACUGUCCACCACUGAAAAUUAAACCCAAGCAUUAGAAUGCUUGAACACUAUUUCCCUCAGCCAUUUCUUAAGCCCAUCACCUAACUUACAAAGGCAGAAUACUUUUAAGAAGGAAACUGCCAUUGGUACACAGUAUUUUAUCUCAAGCUUUGUGAAUUGUGGCUAUAAAAGAGGGUGCAAAGAGAAAAUGAUGAAAUAAGUGAUUUUGUCCCUUAAGAUAUAGCAAGAGAAACUUUCACUGCAGAUAAGGAACUUGAGAUCCAAAUAGGAAAAAAGUCUUGUUCCCUGUGUUACCCAUAUAAUUUAAAAGUGAAUUACCAAAUGCUUUCUUUAGCAUUUAGGAGUCAGUAUAUUUAUGCUAAAUAAGUUCAGUAGUUUCAGUAGAAAUAGUUGAAACAAAAAUGUAGAACAUGGAAACUGUUGAAUAAUUCCUACUUGGGCUAAUAUCUUUUUCUAUAUGUUUAAAUUGAUUUAGCAGUGAGCAUCCAUUUGCAACUGUCCCCAUAAAAUGUAGAUUUGAAUUAUGCUUCAUUUAAAACAUGGUUUUUAUAUUUCAUGACAUGUUCUACAUUCUGUGCUAAUUUAGAUGCUUUUAUUUGCUAUAAUCCACAUUUCCAGGUGUAGUAUAGGAUAAUCUGAUCAACUUCUAUUAUAUCUAUUUUUAUUACUAUGCUUAAGUAAAUUGUGAAUGAAUCAUACAAGUGUUAUGCACAAGACACAUGUGUCCUACACUUAAUAUUUCACAUUCAAACCUUAUGCCACUGUUAAAAUCUUCCAUAUAAUUGUGCUUCUACUUUUAAAAAGAAUGUUUUCUUGUUAAAAUUUAACUAUUUUUCUCAUAGUUAAAUAUGAUUUUUUUAAAAAACAAAACUUAAAUGUGCAUAUAAUAUUUACAGGGAUACAACAUGUUGCAUGGUCAGGGACCACACUCUUUUAAAGAGUGUGUGAGACUGCUGUUGCAGUGGUGGAAUACAAUAAAUUGUGAACUUUGUGAUGUAAUAUUUUACCAUUUAUUUGCAACAUCCUUACUAUAUCUGUCUGUCACCGUUGCUCCCUAAAUAAUUCCUCACUGACCAUAAAUCAGUUUGGCACAUUGGAAUACAUGUCUGGAAUUUAACAUGCAAGAGAAUGGGUGUGUACGUGUACGUGUGUACACAGGUGUAAUAAAUAUCGGUAAGGCAACUGAAUGUUACUUAGACAGUCAUUUUUUCCUGUGUAUCUUGUUUUAUGGAAUAAAUUAUAGGUUUCCUUAAAACAAAUACAGCUGAGAAAUAACACAACUCACCGUAACAUUUUUUUUGAGACAGAUCUUUCAGAUUUCCACACAUCUAGGUGAUUCAUUCUAUUUUCAGAUCUAAAUAUUUUCAUGCUAUUCUUGCUAAUAUAGCAGUAUCAAUACCAGUUGUUUCAAAUCUAAAGGAAACAUAUGUAAAUUUGAAUGCAUGAAAAGUUUCAAAAUUCCCCUCCCCCCAAAAAUAUGGUCAAAUCAGAAGUGUGAGAAAAAGGUAUUAUGAAACAAAGCCCUGGAAUAUGCCAGAAUUUAGAAUUCGGAUUAUAGAAACAACAUUCCUCUAUAGUGUGGUUCCCUACUAUAAGAACAGAUUUCAGAAACAGCAUUUUAAAUAAUCAUUUAAUUAAAAUAUUUGGGUGCCUUUGUCUGUAAACCAAAAAUAAACCUAUUCCUAAAUA